CCGGGCCUGUGUAGGAGAGGCAUCCUGAUGCGAUGUGACCUCGACCCGGGACCUGGGGUUGGGGCUCGGGCUCGGGCGCUCGCUAGGGCGGGGGCCGUGGUUUGAGGAGAGGGUCGCGCGUCCUAAUCUAGGGGUGUGGCCUCGUCGCUCUUGGUGACGUCAUGAGGGCGGGCUCCUCGCUGGGGCCGAGAUGAGAGGUUCUGAAGUAAAAGAGAGAUACAGAUAAGAUACAGAUCUUCCCAUAGAUAUAAGUGGGAAAAUGACCAUUUUGGGGCCGUUGUCGCCGCAUGGGCCUGAGGGACGCGGAGGACAGUGGCCUAGGUUACUCGGGGGGGUGGCUGGUGACCUAAGGGGCUAGGGCUGGCGUCCUGAGGGGCGUGGCCUGGGCCCCGGGAGGCGUGGCUUGGCGGCACGCCUGGCAGCGUAAGGGGCGUGGCCUUGCAGGGUCGGGGGCGUGGCCCGGGGUGGGGUAGACGAGGGGGCGUGCCUGCUCCCGAAUGCCGGAUCUGUCGCGUCCCGGGGCUGGCUUUGACCUUUCCCGCUUAGGUGCCACCGCCAUGGAGACCCCCGCGGCCGCCGCCCCUGCCCCUGCCGGGAGCUUCUUCCCCUCCCUUUUGCUCCUGGCCUCCGGGACUCUGGUGGUCGUCCUGCUGGGCGCCGCGCACCGUCUGGGACUCUUGUACCAGCUCAGGCACAAGGUGGACAAGACAAGUGUCCGGCAUGGCGGGGAGAGCGUGGCCGCGGUGCUGCGGGCACACGGCGUGCGCUUCGUCUUCACGCUGGUCGGCGGGCACAUCUCCCCGCUGCUGGUGGCCUGUGAGAAGCUGGGCAUCCGUGUGGUGGACACGCGCCACGAGGUCACAGCGGUGUUUGCCGCUGACGCUGUGGCCCGCCUGACUGGGACGGUGGGUGUGGCGGCAGUGACAGCGGGGCCCGGCCUCACCAACACGGUGACCGCGAUGAAGAACGCGCAGAUGGCCCAGUCGCCGGUCCUGCUCCUCGGGGGAGCUGCCGGCACUCUGCUGCAGAAACGGGGCGCGCUCCAGGCCAUUGACCAGAUUUCCCUGUUCCGGCCACUCUGCAAGUUCUGCGCGUCCGUGCGGAGGGUGCGGGAUAUCGUGCCCACCUUGAGGGCUGCAAUGGCUGCCGCCCAGUCGGGCACCCCGGGUAGGUGGGGGGCCCUGCAGCCCUUGGGGCCUGGGGCUGGGGGCCAGGGGUGGUUCCCCAUGCUCAGCAUCCUCCUGGCUCCCCCUGCAGGUCCGGUGUUUGUGGAACUGCCCAUUGACGUGCUGUACCCCUACUUCAUGGUCCAGAGGGAGAUGGUGCUGGCCAAGCCAGCCAAGAGCCUCAGGGCUCGAGGGGUCUCUUGGUUCUUAGAGAAUCACUUGGCCAACCUCUUUGCGGGAGCCUGGGAGCCCCAGCCCGAGGGGCCCCUGCCUCUGGACAUCCCCCAGGCGCCCCCCAAGCAGAUUCAGCGCUGCGUGGAGCUCUUGAGCCGGGCCAAGAAGCCCCUGUUGGUACUGGGGAGCCAGGCCCUGCUGCCCCCCACGCCCGCUGACAAACUUCGGGCCGCCGUGGACACCCUGGGUGUCCCCUGCUUCCUGGGGGGGAUGGCGCGGGGGCUGCUGGGCCGCAACCACCCCCUCCACAUCCGGCAGAACCGCAGCGCCGCCCUGAAGAAGGCGGAUGUUGUCAUCUUGGCAGGCACUGUGUGUGACUUCCGCCUCUCCUACGGCCGUGUCCUCAGCCGCAGCAGCAAGAUUGUCAUUAUCAACCGCAACCGGGAGGAGAUGUUACUCAACUCGGACAUCUUGUGGAAGCCCCAGGAGGCUGUGCAGGGGGAUGUGGGCUCUUUCAUGUUGAAGCUGGUGGAAGGCCUUCGGGGCCAGACGUGGGCUCCAGACUGGGCGGAGGAGCUGCGAGAAGCUGAUCGGCAGAAAGAGCAGAACUUUCGGGAGAAGGCAGCCAUGCCCGUCGCCCAGCACCUGAACCCCGUGCGGGUGCUGCAGCUGGUGGAGGAGAGCUUGCCAGAUGACUCCAUCCUGGUGGUGGACGGUGGGGACUUCGUGGGCACAGCUGCCCACCUGGUGCAGCCCCGUGGGCCCCUGAGCUGGCUCGACCCCGGGGCCUUUGGGACUCUGGGAGUUGGUGGAGGAUUUGCACUCGGGGCCAAGCUGUGCAGGCCGGAUGCUGAGGUCUGGUGCCUGUUUGGCGAUGGAGCCUUUGGCUACAGCCUCAUUGAGUUUGAUACCUUUGUCAGACACAAGGUCCCGGUGAUGGCCUUGGUAGGAAAUGAUGCUGGCUGGACACAGAUUGCCCGGGAGCAGGUGCCUUGCUUCGGCAGCAAUGUGGCCUGUGGCCUGGCCUACACCGAAUAUCACAAGGCGGCUAUGGGUCUGGGGGCCCGCGGCCUGCUGCUCUCGCGGGAGAAUGAGGAUCAGGUGGUCGAGGUGCUACAGGAUGCCCAGUGGCAGUGCCAGGAGGGCCACCCGGUCGUCGUCAACAUCCUCAUUGGAAAGACGGACUUCCGCGAUGGCUCCAUUGCCGUGUAGGGCCUCGUGGUCAGUACCCAGCACCCUCCCUGCCCCGGGCUCUGCCUGGCUGGCUUGGGGUUUUCUCCUUGCCUGCCCGGGGCCCAUCUCAGGAGUCCCCAGGACUUCACAACCCUCCCUGUGGACGAAAGGGAGGGGAUGGAGGGCU